AUGAAUCCCGCAAAUCUGCCAAAUAGCGGCGCUGCGGGGGGGCCGAUGCCACCGACCGAUAAGCCUAAACCCGACAAUAGUCAGAUGCUGCUGAAACAUGUUGGACAAGUCAUACAGGCCCAAGGCCCAUUCACCGGUUGGCGAGAGUCGGUGCCCAUACAAGAACGUAUCGUGAAGGUUUGCCAAAUGAUAUCUUCUUUACGCUUGAUCCCAACAGUGGAAGGUCGUGUUGCUAUCAGCGCGGCCCUGAAAUUCGAAGAAAAAGCCCUUCGAGAAGCUAACUCAAAGCCGGAUUACGAAAGAGAAUGCAACGAGAAACUCUUGCAACUUCGUGAUAAGAGGCAACAGGCUAUCAUGUCCCAGUCCAACCCUCAAGUCGGCUUGCCCAUCAAUACUCAAGCGACCCAAAAUCAGAUGCAACACAUGUUUCCAAACGCAAUGCCGCGUCCCACCCAGGGUACCCCCAUGCCAAUGCAACAACAGCAGGCACUUAGUGCACCGCCGAACCAGCAACCGUUGCCCCAACAAGCCUUCCUUCAGAAUCCACAAGCCCGCCCUGUCUCCAUGCAAUUACGCGACGAUAUCUCCUCGCUAAGCCAAAAGGAAUCCCAAUAUGUUUGCCAUUUUGCCGACCAGCUGGCCCAGAAGACAUCACCCGCCGACAUGGAGAAGAUCAAAAUGAACCUGCAAAACAUGACUGCAGACCAGCGACAGUUCUUGAACCGCAAAGGUCUCACGCCCAUGCAGUACUUUUUUCGCUGCCAGGCUCUGAAAACCUUGAGAAAACAUAGGCAGGCCAUGGGUAUGGCUAGCCCUCAAACCAUGAACCUCGAUGCCGCAAACACUGCAGGUGGUGAGCGUAUGAUGACUACGCAUCAAAGGCAGCUGAGCCAGCCUAGCAUGUCGUUCCAAGGUAGCCCCGCUAUGCCGAUGGCCGGCCUAGAUCCGUCGUUCUCUGGAAACGUGGACCAUGUUCAGCCCCAACAAGUGGACGCCCUUCGCUCGCAAGAGACUGGACAGCCCGCCAUGUCUGCGCAUAAUCCACAGAUGAUGAGCCAUCCGCCAUUCGGCUCCCAACAGGGAGCAUUUCAGGGCCCUCACCCGAAUAUUAACAGAGCCAACAUGAAUGCGGCCAUGAUGGCUCAGCAGCACCGCCAGAAUUUACAAAACGCUCAACAAGACAAGCUCCAACAUGCUGCUCAUUUCCAAGCUCAGUCCGACGCUCAAGCGCGUGCGCAGGCUGCAGCGAAGGCACAGAGAGCAAUAUCAUCCCAGGCAAAUCCUCAGAUUCCACAGUCGAUGCCGCAGCAAAACCCAGCCGUCUCGAUGAUGAACCGACCAGGAGCGCCCGUUCAAGUUCCUCAGGGAGGAAUGGGCCCACAAGGUCGACCGUACGCACGACCGGGAGGUAUGGGCCAGAACAACCAGAAUCCCAUGCAAACUCCGCGCCCACCGAUUCCUCCUGGGCUUCCGCAGAACGUGCAAAACCACUUGGCUCAACUACCGCCCGAACAAGUGAACGGAGUGCUUCAAAACUAUCGUCGCGCGAUGGCAAACAAUCCGGCGAUGCUUCGACAGAAUCACGGUGUUCCUGUUCAACCCCCGAUUCCGGAUUCCGCGCAGAUGGCCCAAGUACCGUCAUCGAACAUGGUAAAUGACCCCAAUAUGCGAGCAUCCAUGGGAAUGCAUUAUCCCCUCAUGAACAUGGGCGGGAUGCAGCCGCAGCCCGGAUUGCAAGGCCAGCAGUUCCCCAUGCAAAAGCCGAAUCAGCCGUUUCUAGGUUACCCGCAACCACCGGAUCCUCGUCUUGAGUACCUUCAGCAACGCAGUAGUACCUUCACCAUGAACGAGGACCAGCUUCGAGAAAUGGAUAAAGUUCCUUUUCCUUUUGCCAUAUUUAACUCUAAUCCAGCCGUAGCACAAGCGUUGCCAAAAAAUCUCAAAACUUGGGGCCAGCUGAAAAUGUGGGCGAGUAAAAAUCCUCAAGCGCUCGGCGAGAUCAGCGUGGAUAGGCUCGCAAUGCUUCAAAAGCUCCAUUUCGGCCAGAUGCUUAGCGCCCGGAGAGAGGCUGCCAACCGUGCCAUGGGACAACCAACCGCUGCUCCACCAGUCGGAAUGGACCAAAGCGGUUUGAGGCAGCCUCACUUCGGCCCUCAGCAUAUGCAUCAACAGCUUCCCGGCCAACCCCAAGUGCCUCAUGGCAUGCCGGUUAUGCGACCCAUCACCGCCAACGAUAUUCACAUGGCGCGCCAAAAGCUUGGGGCCCAUGUUGAAAAACUCAGCGAUGAUGCACUCCGGGUGCUUCUAGAGAAAAGCAGGCACAAGCAAUACAUGACACAAGCUGCACGGAAUCGGGAAGCUGCACAGGCUUUGGCAGCUCAGUCCAUGAACCAAGUUCCUGCUCCUGGGCAGAUUCCAGUUCCGACUCAGCCUCCACAGCAUAUUCCAACAACUCAAGCCCAGCCGCAGGUGUCACAGCCGACUUCGGCACCCGGGAUGCCCUCGAUGGACAGUAAAUCAGGACCUCAAAAUGUAGCCAACACGGCGCGUGCAGCUGCUGUGAAACCAUCUCCCAAAUCCCUGAAAAGGCCGAGUGUUCCUGACACAGAAAAUAAGGCACCCGUUCCACAUCAGCCUCAGGUUCCUACGGUCCCACUGGGUGGUGGUGGUGGCCAGCCACCACAGGCCAGCCCGGCCCAGUCUACACGUGAGUCGAUGGCCGCUAUGAGCCAACAGCAGCGACCGCAGUGGGAAGCGCACCUCCGACGGCAGCAAGCCCAACCUCGUAUUUCUAAAGAUGCAGCGGAUGAAGCAUGGGCCCGCCUUCCCGAGCCGCUAAAGCAGAUGUAUGCAGAACUCGUCCGAAAUGAUAACGCUGUCGUGCCGGUUGCGAUGACGUCUGCCCAAAAAGCUGCAGUUACACAGCAGCUCCGAGAAAACACGUACAUGCUCAGCCGUAUGGACACUUUGGUCCAGUGGAUAUCGAAAUUCCCAGGCCAAGAGAAAAACGUUCGGACAUUGCUGCAAAUGAGGAUGUUGCUCAUGAAGCAAUUCAAGGGCCCCGAUUGGACUCUGGCCGAUCAUUUUACGAUCGCGUCGGAUUAUCUGGCCAACGCCAUCGCUCAUAUUAAGAAAUGGUUCGCUGAGAUGAUUAGUCGUGUUCAGAGUUCCCGACUAAGCCAGACAUCUUCAAGGACCGCUGCUGUACAGCCUGGGAUUACACAACAGGCUUCUCCAAAGGGACCCACACCUCUUAAUGCGAGCAACCUGCAGCAGCUGGAGCAGCAAGAAGCUGCGCUUCAACGUGCCAGGAAAGCUGCCCAAACGAUUCCCCCUGCCCCAACCACGGUGCAGCCACCGUUUCCUCUCGGAGCGACAUCUCCCCAGGGUGUCCCGCGUGUCUACGGGCCGACAAGUGUCACUCAGGAAAGCCUAACCCUUCCUCCACCCAAGAGACGGAAACCAAACCAGGCUGCGGCAAAGGCGCCGGCAAAAUCUGCCGAACAACGAUCGCCGGCUGUGAAGGCAGAGACACCGGCUGCUCCAGAGGCGAAGAGACCCGUGCCAGUUCCCAAGGACACGUUCAAAUGUUCGAUCGUGGAAUGCAAAUACCAUAUCAAGGGAUUCCCGUCUCAGGCUGCGCUGGACAAUCAUGUCAACGAGGAGCACAAGCCAGAGGAGCCAAUUACUAAUGCUCUUGAUUUCGCGAUCGAGAGUUACAGGAAGGGUCUCGGUCUCGAUAAAGCCGAUAAGAAGCCGUUGGAUGCAAACGAGCAAAGACCUAGGGACUCUGCAACUCUAGGGGGCAAAGCACAACAACCCUCAAAGCCGGGCAUGAGCAUCACCCCUUCGUCCUCGCAACCUAUGGCUCAAACCUCCAGCCUCGCUGGCGCCAAAUCAAUCUCCCCUUCAUCCCUACAACGCAAACCAUCCCAGAUGAGCAGUGCAAAGGAGCACCAGGCAACCUCAGCAGAACUUAAACGCGUCCCCAGCAAAGACUCCAAGAAACCUCCCGGCAACACCGCAGAGACAGGGCUCUCUCCGCCCGCCGCCAAGGACCCCUGGGAGGAUUCCCCCACGUCCCUCGAGGCCAUCCGCUCCACCUUCGGCGAGCUGGCGGAACAAUCCUUCUUCGACGUCGGCUGGGACCGCGUCGACGAACUGCUCCUCUCCGAUGCGUUCACCGCCAUGCGCUCGAAGGACACCCCGCAGUCCACGGACGCCAGCGCCGUCACGCAGACCCCCCAGGACAGCGAUGUCUCCAAGGACGAGGAUCUUGAUAUGGUGAUGGACAUGGACGAUAGCUGGGCGCUGCCGGAGUGGGUGAAUCUGCCGGACGAUCUGGAGGGGAGCUUGUAUAUGAAUGAGCCGUGGGAGCCGAUCGAUUGGGAUGCUGUGGUGGCGGGUGAGUUGGAACCGGGCCGGGCACCGGGUGAGGACUUGGUGUAUUCGGUGUAA